AUGUCUCGACGUGAGAGCAUGGAAGCGACUAUAAACCGUGUCGAGGAGAUAGCAAAGAAGAAAGGCAUCAGCAUGGCUCAAGUCAGUAUUGCUUGGCAGCUAUCAAAAGAGGGUGUCACCGCGCCCAUCAUCGGGGCUACUAAAGUGAAGUACGUGCACGACAUAGCAGGUGCGAUGGACGUGAAACUCUCAGCGGAGGAGAUUGAAUACCUCGAGGGCGCGUAUAAGCCCCAGAACACUUGGGGAUAUCGUUAA